AUGACCUUUAGAAUCUAUAUGUUUAACUUACUUGAUAGUAAACUAGUUGUGUGUUGGCUUCCCCAACAAGAAAAGGGAAAGUUUCCGACCCAGCCACAAGCCAAUCCACAAGGUCAACUUCUCAUUGGUAGUUCUUCCAUACCACCGCCCGAGCAAGCUCAAGCAAUUAUCACUCUAAGGAGUGGUAAGGCGAUUGACAAUCUCGUUGUCAAUCCGCCGGCUACACCUAUCUUAGAACCAGCUUCGACAUCAACAAGUUCUACAACGCUUGGGGAAUCUCCCAAGUCAUCUCCAGAGGAAGACGGGGAAUCUCCCGUUCAAGUUUCAAAGGAGGCCGACACCACUCCAAGCCCACAAGUCUCUCCCUUUCCUGCGCCCUAUCCUUCCCGACUGAAAAAGCCGGCUCACCCAUCCAAGGAUGCCGAUAUUCUUGACGUGUUCAAAAAGGUAAAUGUUAACAUCCCGUUAAUGGAUGCUAUCAAGCAAAUUCCUUCUUAUGCCAAGUUCUUGAAAGAUCUAUGCACUCAGAAGCGCAAGCUCAAUGUGCACAAAAAGGUGCUUCUCACCGAGCAAGUUAGCCAAAUUUUCCAAACAGAUCUUGCACCUAAAUACAAAGACCCCGGAUGUCCUACAAUUGCAAUUACUAUUGGGGGUAAGAGAGUAGAGCAAGCUCUUUUGGAUUUGGGUGCGAGUGUCAAUUUGCUACCUUAUUCGGUGUAUCAAGAGUUGGGUUUGGGGGAGAUGAAGCCUACACGGGUUACUCUUCAAUUGGCGGAUAGGAGUGUUCGAAUUCCUCGUGGUAUGGUGGAAGAUGUAUUGGUUCAAGUUGAUUAA